CUUUAUGGAUUAUCAACUAUAUUCAAAGUUUAUGAUAAUUGUUAUCAUUCCUUUUAUCGAUAAUGUUGAAUCAAUAAAAGUGCAUGGUAAUAAGGAAACCGAAUGGUUAAUCAUACGUUUUCCAUAUAAAUCCGUUUAUGGUAUACCAAAUUCAUUGAAUUGCAGUGAAUCAAUUAGAAAUCAAUUUUAUAGGUGUGAAAUAGUUUCGCAACAUGAAUGGGAAAUUAAUAUUGAUCAUUAUUUUUAUGAAACGAAAGAUUUUUGCUGUUUCGUUUGGAGUACGUUGGAUUGUGAAUUUAAUGCAGCAGUCGAAUGUAAUCAAGAAUAUUCGAAAAAAUUGAAAUCAAACACACUAGAAACAUUUACACCAAUAUGCAAUCGUGUUGGUUCAACUCCUGGAAGUCUUUCAUGUUGGUUGACGACAGAAAGAAAAAUUUAUAUUGGUAUUGCAUUCGCAGUAAUUACUGUUGCUAUUAUUAUCUGUUCAUUAAUUUUAUAUCGAAUAAAUCGUAAUGUAUCUCAACUUUUAAAUACCAAAGCCAAACAACAACCUGUAACAAAUAAAAUGAUAAAAUUUAAAGAUUUUGAAAUAAAAGUGGUAGCUGAUAAGCCAACAAUACCAUUGGUUGAAAGAGAUAGGAUUCAUAAACUAAUAACAGAUUAUUCGCGAAAUUUGGGGACUUUGGGUGAAGAAUUAAAAACAUCAUUUAAUUCAUUACCAAGCACAAAAUCUUUAGGGAAAACACUUCAAAGUAUUGACCAAGAUUUAUCACAAUGGCAACAAUUAUUUCAACAAUAUGAUAAAUAAAUUAAAUUCAUUAAAUAAAACAAUUCUAAU